AUGAAUUUCGGAUUCAUCGCUCUGCUGUCUGCAGUAGUUGCUGUGGCUGACGAUGAGAAUACAAGAUGGUGUAAUCACGGAACAAGUGACCCUGCGCUCACUUGUGAUGGCGGACAAUUCGUCUACUGCUGUGACCAAAUUCUCAAUACCUUGGCCGAGCCGGAUCGCAAGCAAGGCUUCCCAGUCAAGCGCUCUUGCGGCAAGCAAGGCAUAACAUGUACGGUCAAAAAUAAUGCGGGUGCUGGUCUCAUCGGUCACGCUGCUUGCGGAAACACCAUCUUCAUUCGAGUUGCCCGCUCAAUACGAUUCAAGUAGAAAGGCGGCGGUCUUGGGGAGGCGGACGACUGUGUCACACUCGUCUGGAGUCGUUUAUAUGAGAAAGCAUUUCCCUGACUGUAUUGAUCUCAACUCGUGAGAUCAUAUAAGUGCUUGUAGGCUCUGUGUCUGGAAACUCUAACAGCUAUGCCUUCUGCAUUCCGCGACUAAUUGACGAGAAGAAGCAUCAUCGGCCUUGCCC